GUAUGACGUGGCUCAGGAUCACCGUCCGAUCUCGAUCACGUGACCCAACCCAACAACGAUUCCCAGAAUUAUUAGCACGUGAGCGUGCAGAUAUCAUCAUAGGAACACAGUGAAGGAAGAAGAAGAAGAUGAUGAAUGUGGUGAGUGCGUUGAUGGUGACUCGGAUGCUAACUCGGGAUCACAACUCAGUCGAUGAUGUUAUUCUCGGCAACGAAAGCAUCCCCUUCGGAACGAUUUCAUGGUACGCAUACGCCGGCAUCUCAUGUUUCCUGGUCCUGUUCGCCGGAAUCAUGUCCGGUCUCACCCUCGGUCUCAUGUCUCUCAGCCUCGUCGACCUCGAGAUUCUCGAACGCAGUGGUUCUCCCUCUGAGAAAAAACAAGCUGCGAUCAUACUUCCGGUGGUUCAAAAACAACACCAGCUUCUUGUCACUCUGCUUCUCUGUAAUGCUGUUGCAAUGGAGGCUCUUCCGAUAUACCUUGAUAAACUAGUCAAUCAAUUUGUUGCUAUCAUUCUCUCUGUUACUUUCGUGCUGUUUUUUGGGGAGGUUAUUCCACAAUCAAUUUGUAGCAGAUAUGGUCUUGCUGUUGGUGCCAACUUAGCAUGGCUCGUGCGGAUAUUAAUGGUUAUUUGUUACCCUGUUUCUUAUCCAGUUGGAAAGGUUCUGGAUUACCUAUUGGGGCAUAAUGAGGCUUUAUUUAGGCGAGCUCAGUUAAAAGUUCUUGUCUCCAUUCACAGCCAGGAGGCUGGUAAAGGUGGUGAGCUUACACAUGAUGAGACGACAAUUAUCAGUGGAGCACUUGAUUUGACUGAAAAGACUGCAGAGGAAGCCAUGACUCCUAUUGAAUCAACAUUUUCUUUGGAUGUUAAUUCGAAAUUGGAUUGGGAGGCAAUGGGGAAAAUUCUUGCUCGCGGACAUAGCCGAGUUCCUGUCUAUUCUGGAAACCCAAAGAAUAUUAUUGGGCUUCUAUUGGUCAAAAGUCUUCUCACUGUUCGACCAGAAACAGAGACCCCUGUCAGUGCUGUAUCCAUCCGGAGAAUUCCACGGGUUCCAUCAGAUAUGCCACUCUAUGAUAUACUGAAUGAGUUCCAAAAGGGCAGUAGUCACAUGGCUGCUGUAGUUAAGGUUAAGGGAAAAGGCAAAGAAACUCCACAAAUAAUUGAUGAAGAGAACAAAAGUACUGAUGGAGAUUCAAUGUUGACGACUCCAUUGCUACAAAAGCAGGACUUAAAAUCAGGAAAUGUUGUUGUUGACAUUGACAAGCCUUCAAGGCUUCCCAGCAGUAAUAAGCUAACUGGUCCGCAACAUAGUGAUGGCACAACAAAUGGUCCCCCUGCAGAAAAUAUUGAAGACGGUGAAGUGAUUGGUAUUAUCACUUUGGAAGAUGUAUUUGAAGAACUUCUGCAAGAAGAAAUUGUGGACGAGACAGAUGAAUAUGUUGAUGUUCAUAAGAGAAUACGUGUUGCUGCAGCUGCAGCUGCUUCCUCAGUGGCGCGAGCUCCAUCAAUGCGAAGGAUGACUGGCCAGAAGGGUGCUGCUGGAGGCCAGAGUAAGCCGGCGCAAUCUCCAAAGAAAUCCGCAGGGGAAAAUGGAGUGAAUCCUACAAGAUAACAAGGCACCUUGUGUGUACAUUUCGUGAUAAUGUCUAUAAUAUUGAGGGUUUUCCUUCUUCUGAGUCUGGCUGUCUGCAAUAUGAUGCUGAAAUAGAAGCCUGGGAGUAUGAUGCAGAAAUAGAAGCCUGGGAGUGGUUUAGUGUUUGAUUUACACCAUUCUAAGUUCAAAACGUCAAAGGAGCCAUCAAGCACACUUGGUCAUUUUGUCUUAAUAUGUAGUAUUAAUUUUUUUUGGUGACCCAUUAUGUAUUAUUAUUUAUUUAAUUAAUUAUAUUCCUAUUUAUAAGUCA